GACAUCACCGCAGACCAGGCAGCUGGACACCCCGGACACAGACCUGCAGCCCCCGCAGCGGAGCUGCUCUCCUCUCCCUCCGAGCUCCGAGCUCCGUCCCUCCCGGACACACACGCAGGAGAUGCCGCAUACGCGGACAUCAUUCCCGUCCACCCUCAAAAAAAGUUGAGGUACACAUGGUAGAGGGCAGAAUGCGAUGUGGCAAGCCGUGUGGCUUCUCCUCCUCCUCCUCCUUGUCUCUCAAGGUCAGCAUCUGAGCUCCAGCUCCGUCACUCAGUCUGUCGGACGAGUUGUGCGGGCAGCCGGGAAGGAGCAGGACGGCUCGGGGAGUGGGAUGGAUGGAAGCCGCCGCCGGCUCUACCUGAACACUGACACCUCCAACCGACGGGGACGUUGACAGACGGGGAAGCGGGGGAAACUUGUGAAAAAUCUCCAGCCGCGGAGAGAGAGAAACACGGUCGUCUGAGCUCACGUAAAGGAGAAACUCUGUUGUUUCCUGCUUCUGUUCGCCGACCACCACCGUCAGGAGCGACGGUUACCUAGGCAACCGCGGUGGUCCUAACGACCGUCGUUCCAUUCCAAACUGACCAAAAUCUCCCUUUUGAAGAGUUGGUUGAUUAUUGUUGCAUUGUAAUGUUAAAACCGACUCAACUUCCUUGACUUCCUUGAAGUUGCUUGGUGUGUUUUUUUUUUUUUUUCUUCAAACGGGACUUUUUUUUUUUUUUUUUUUUCCACGCCGCUUGUGUUAUUGUCGCUCUCCAGCACCAUGGCUCGGAGCCCGGCUUGGAGCCCGGCGGGCGGCCGGAGGACUCUCCCGCUGCAGCCGGGGCUGCUGCUGCCGCUGGCGGCGGCGCUGCUGCUGCUGCUGGCUGGCACCGCCGCCUCCCCGGCCGUCGACGACCACGGGAAACACCAGAAAGUCGACAACCAAACGCACAACUUCACCAAGAAGGCUUUCCCCGUGCUCAGCUUCGAAUAUGCACACAUUAAAACCCCGUUUGAGAUCUCGCUGUGGGUGCUGCUCGCCUCUUUGAUGAAACUAGGGUUCCAUCUGAUUCCUCGUCUGUCCAGUAUUGUGCCAGAGAGCUGCCUGUUGAUUGUGGUUGGCCUGCUGGUUGGAGGACUCAUCCAACUACUCAAAGAGGAGGUCCCACCUGUGCUGGACUCUAAUCUAUUCUUCCUCUGCCUGCUACCCCCCAUCAUCCUGGAUGCCGGCUACUUCCUGCCCAUCCGACCCUUCAUGGAAAAUCUGGGCACAAUCCUAAUUUUCGCUGUCGUGGGGACUUUGUGGAAUGCCUUCUUCAUCGGCGGUGUGCUUUACGGCGUGUGUCAGAUCGAGGCGGCAAACCUCAAAAACAUAGGCCUGCUGCCUUGCCUGCUGUUUGGCUCCGUCAUCUCAGCUGUAGAUCCUGUUGCUGUGCUCGCUGUGUUUGAGGAGAUUCACAUCAACGAGCUGCUGCACAUCCUGGUGUUCGGCGAAUCGCUGCUCAAUGAUGCUGUGACAGUGGUGCUAUAUCACCUUUUUGAAGAGUAUACAGUCGUUGGCACAGUGACUGUGUUGGACAUCGUACUGGGAAUCAUCUCGUUCCUCGUGGUUGCGGUGGGUGGCGUUUUGGUGGGAGCGGCUUACGGGUUCCUGGCUGCCUUAACGUCACGCUUCACCUCCCACACGCGUGUCAUCGAGCCGCUUUUUGUCUUCGUCUACAGCUACAUGGCGUACCUGUCGGCUGAAGUGUUCCACCUGUCUGGGAUCAUGGCGUUAAUAGCAUGUGGAGCGGUGAUGCGACCCUAUGUGGAGGCCAACAUAUCCCACAAGUCCCACACCACCAUCAAGUACUUCCUGAAAAUGUGGAGCAGCGUUAGUGAGACAUUAAUUUUCAUCUUUCUCGGUGUGGCCACGGUGGGUGGGAGUCACUCCUGGAACUGGGCCUUUGUCACAGCCACCGUCAUCCUGUGUCUGGUUGCACGUGUCAUAGGUGUGGUUGGUCUUACUGCCAUAAUCAACAAGUUCCGCAUCGUCAAGCUGACCACCAAGGACCAGUUCAUCAUAGCCUAUGGUGGCCUGCGAGGGGCAAUUGCCUUCUCUCUUGGGUUCCUGUUGGACCCUAAACACUUUGAAAUGAGGGAGAUUUUCCUCACUGCCAUAAUCACAGUUAUUUUCUUCACUGUCUUUGUUCAGGGCAUGACUAUUAAACCGCUGGUGGAGCUGCUGGCGGUGAAGAAGAAACAAGAGGCCAAGCGCUCAAUUAAUGAAGAGAUUCACACCCAGUUCCUUGACCAUUUACUGACUGGAAUUGAAGCUAUCUGUGGGCACUACGGACAUCACCACUGGAAAGACAAACUCAACCGCUUCAACAAAAAGUAUGUGAAGAAGUGCCUGAUAGCCGGCCAGCGCUCCAAGGAGCCACAGCUCGUCGCCUUCUACCACAAGAUGGAGAUGAAACAUGCCAUUGAGCUGGUGGAGAGCGGCGUGGGCUCCAAGAUGCCUUCUGCUGUUCCCUCCACCGUUUCCAUGCAGAACAUUCAACCCAAGAAGCCUGCUGCGCCGAAGCCCGCGGAGAGAGGUUUUCCACAGCUGCCCAAAGGCCGAGAGGAGGAGAUCCGGAAAAUCCUCCGGAACAACCUUCAGAGGACACGGCAGAGGAUGCAUUCCUACAACAGACACACUCUGGUUGCUGAUCCCUUUGAAGAUGGAUUUGAUGACUUACUUCGGAAGAAGCAACUGGAGAAGACGAUAAAAGGGAUUUCUAACUACUUGCCGGUUCCUGCUGCUCCUCUCGACUCCCCGACGAUGCGCAGAGCCAGAUUGUCAUCAGGCAGAAGUUCAGAUUUCAAACCUGAUCCACAGCAAAAAGGAAAGUGUUCAGAUCCCCAACCUUAUAACCCGAAGCCAAAGUCAGACGGUGUGCCCGCUAUCCAGAUAGACUUGGCGUCUCCGCAGUCUCCGGACUCUGUCAACGUUAUAGGAGAGUUCAAACGGGGGGGCCAGACAGAGCCAGAGGAGGAAGACCGGGGCCUGAUGAUGGCGCCUCCUACAGCGGCCAAAGAAACAAACAAGCGCGGGGAGGAAGACGGAGCAAGAGAUCAGCAGAAGCUAACGAGGUGUCUAAGCGACCCCGGUCCCGGGGCGGACGAGGAUGAGGAUGAACCCUUCCUGCCCUGAGAUGUCUCCUCACCAGAGAGGUCAGAGACCAGCCGGCCUUUACUGGUGAGAGGGAAGAGGGUAGCGCCACUCCUUUGCUCUAAAUGAUCUCUUUGGUUCAGCAACAAAACAAGUCAACUGCUAAUUCUGUAAGAACCAGAAACAAAAAGUAAAAGGAGGGGCCCAAGAAAGAAAGAAAGACAGCCAAUAUUCAGUUAUUUUUAACGUUCUUUAUUUCUUUAGCAAGCAGUGAGACAGCAGCUUCUGGACCUGCUGUUUGAGAGGAGGUGGAUUAAGCGGUUGACCGCCUGAAAGAACUAUGCAUUACCAAAGGUUUGAACUGUUUUAGUGUCAGACGAUGUUAUUUUAAAUUUAGUGUUAGACUGUUGUUUUUUUUUGUUCAUAACAAUUGCACAGUGAUGUUUAAAUUUUACCAUUGUUGUAAAAUAUUUCUGCCUUUAAAGUCACUUUCUCUUCAACAUGCAGAGGGACCAGUCUGAAAUGUAAUGAAACAAAAAAAAAAGUCCCCUUUUCACUUUCUAGCAUAGACCUUCAGGUUGUGUCUCAUUCAGCCUGUCACUUGAAGUUGCUGGAUAUCAGGACUUUCAGAUGUAGCUGUUAUAAAAUAUUUGGCCUUAUUUAAUGUCGAGCCUUUUCACUUGGUGCAUUUUUAUUUCUGUGUCUUUUUGGAGUCGACAUAUUUUGUUUUCACAUAUUUCUCUUUGGAAUCAGUUUAUUGCAGUAUUUGUGGGAUGGAGAUUGGGAGCCGAGUGUGUAAAAGUUAUUUAUAAUCAGGCUUACAGACCUGCAGCCUUGUUCUGUGGCUGAGUUACAAGGACUUCAGAAAAUCCUGCUUUGAUGUUGAGCUCAGUGGGUUUUGAUGUAUAAACAUAGAUUUAAGCUCAUUUUUGAGACGGCUGUUUGCACGGAUGUUUGCACUCUGCUACUUUACAUUCUUCUCCAUCUAAGUCAUAUGACAAAUUUUACACUUUCCUUCAAUGAGAGACACCCUUUAAAGAUCUGAUUCAGGUUGGACUUUUAAAGGCAGAUGUACCUGAACAAGUGCACAUCAUCAGCUGCUGUCUAACACUAAUAUCCAUCAAUGCCUCCACACCUUCAAAAUCUGUAGGAACGUCAUGAAAAAAACUAAAAAAUCUAUGCAGUACAGAUGUGUAAGAUAUGUCGAUAAGUGUAAAUGCUCUUCAAAAGUCUUUUACUCUCUUAUCCAAGCAAAUUCCUAAAAAUGAGAAAAUCUAAAAUCAACAAUGGGCAUUAAGAAGGUUUUUACAUAUUUUUGCAAACUAAAGUCACCUCUGCAUGCGAAGCAGAUCUUUUAUUUAGCUUUUCAUGUCUGUCACUCUGCUGUACAUAAGGCUCAAGAGUUAUUUGAGUUGUUCGUAAACAUCGGACCUAUUCCAGCUGGAGAGUCGGCGUCCCAAGUCCAUUAUGUUUUUUUCUGUUUUCUUCACAUUGCCUUACAACAUUUGUCAGAGUUGACAAACUGAAACAAGUUGAUGCUGCUUUCUUUUCCUGAGGACAUGGCAUAUCUGUCACCUAAAAUAUACGUAAAAGCCAAACAUGCAUAUACAUUUUUCGCUGAUAUACCAAGGUUUAUUUCCUCUAAAUGGUUGUAUUUAUUUUAUAAAGGUUAUAUGAGUUUUAAAUUUAUACAAGCUUAUACUAUAAUAGGUGCAUAAAACUGACAUCAGUUUAAAAUCCCUUAACAGUGGCCGAUCUACAGUAUAUAUAUAUUUGUACAGUGUAUGAUGGCCACUCUAAACUAGAUUGUCACCUUUUUACACAGCUUCCUAGUAAAUGGGCAUAUAACACACUAUAAAUGAUCAACGUUAUUGGUGUGAUGAGUUUUAUUGUUUAAACAUGUAAAUAAACAAGGUAAAAAGCAAAUGUUUUUUUACUGCAGAACAACAAGGUACCACAGUCAGAUUAAUUUGCCCCCACAAGUAAUAUUUCAUUCAUGUCCAGAGAGAGACUGGAAGACAUUUGGAGAGCAGACUUCUGGUCUAAAACGGUCUGAAACAGCUCGGGUGAGUCACCGUUCCCGUUUCCUGGCUGGUUUCAAGUUGUUUGUGACGACUGAAUCAGCUUUAACACGACAGCUCAUGUUACAAGCGAUCCAAAACAGCAGAAACCCCUGGCAGGCUUGUUCACUUCUUACCACUCUUCUUUUAUUCCUCUGCAUUUUACCUGUUGUCCGACCAGUUUAAAUGUGUUAUUUUGAAAAAAGUGUUCAAGAUGAACGUUACGCUAAAAUGUCAACAGCGAUGGGGUCAAAGACAAAAGGAUUGUUCCAAAAACCCUGACUUGAAUCAUCCAAAGGACUUGUAAAACCCUUUGCAUUACUCCUUGUGAAGUAACAUGGAGCAGCAGCGGGGGAUUUGUAAGACCUUAAAAGGGGAUCCGAACUGCAGCUGAAGACGUGAGAACUGUGUCCGUACAUCUGCGCUUUGGGGACUGUAUCUCCAUCGACUCUCCAGACGACGUGCAGUUUGGCUACUCGUGGACAGUUUGCUCAUCUCUAAACUUGUAACUGUUGUGCUGAGUGUGAUGAGCAUUUCAGGAGGAAGUGGUGGAUUUUAAGCGCUGCUUCUGCUUGUGAUUGUGUCUGAAUGGAAAGUCUGACUGAGAAUAUGUACGACAUGAUUACACCGGGAUGUAAUCAGAUAAAGGGAUCUACAAGCUAUACACAGUUAGAAAUGACAAGGUCCCGAUUGCUUCACAUUAUUCCAAAGACUUUGAUUUAUUCAAACGAAAAUAAAUGCUAUUUUCAUACUUUUCUUUUUCAUACCAAAUACAUUAUCAGGGCAAACAUUCUCACACUUCUCAGAGUAAUGUUUGAUCUAAAGAAAACUUAAAUCUGAAGCCAUUCAGCCUAUAGAAGAACCUACUUUAUUGUAUUUGUAUGUCAUAGUGAUUGUCACAUGCACAUCAGUUUUGCCUUCAAUUUGCUUAAUGCACAAAUCAAAAGAAAAAACAUCGUCUGUUAAAUUACUAAUUUUCAAUAUGAAUGCUUUUUGUUGUCAACGCGCUGGAUGUUUCUCUGCAAAGGUUCAGGUAUUCACCGUCUUCUUUGCUGGAUGAAUGUCAACACCGUUGCCUCACCAGCUUUCCCUUCAGCUUCUUUUGUUCUUGUUUACAUUUUUUGAUGUCCUUGAAAAUAGUGCUUUACACGCUCAAGGGCUUUACCUUGUUCAAGGUUGUUUUUACCAUCCUCUGAUUGCUUUUAUGUGUAAAUAUUGAUCCGGAGGUGUGCAGUACGUCACAAGCUUCACUUCCAAAAGAGCAUCAUUGUGGGCUUGUUUUUUUUUUUUUUUUUCCUCCAUGUUAUGUUGAUUUUAACACUAUAUUUUGCUUAAUAAAGUGGAAGCUUGCUGAAUUGACUUACUAUACUUUUGAUCAGUUUUUAAGUUUUCUGCUCAAACUCAGUUCUGCUAAAGUUAAAUUGUUUUCAUAGAUGCAUUGUGCUGAAUUGGUUAUUUACACUCAGAACCGCAAGCAGAAUAUAUCACCACAUCCUGUUGUUUAAUGUUUCAGUUCUAGUUUUGCUUUUCUGUGUUUCAAAUCUUCAUAACAGCAUGCUUCAGGUUCAUUAACAUUUCUGCAUUUUUGUGAGGUAGAUGUUUGUUGCGUUUAUUUUCUGUAGCAAUUCACCCAGUCAGCAAAUUGUAAUUUACAGUCAAAUAAAUGGGUGUUCAUGGAACAUGAAACACUAAUCUGGUCAUACUUUUUACUACAUGGGUUAAAACAUGCUGAAACACUUUUACUGUAACAUGUGACCAACAUUAAAGUCACACUGCUGACAAUCACAACAGACUUUGAGCUAGAAGAGGCCGUGUUCAGUGUAACGCACACUCCAGUGUCAUCAGCGUACAGUCAUACCUUCCUACCAUCCAGUUGUCUCCAGUUUAGCUGACCUGAUUCCUGUCGCACGCCAUCGUUUUACACAAGACAGAGCACUUUAACAAAGCAGUACCUUUAUCUACAAACUCUGAUGCUAGAAAGAGCAAUAAAAGGCUUUUAUUUAACGUACACUUCAUGCAUCAGGUGACGCUUCACAGGGAGAAAGAAUGUUCUUAAUGACGGGCCUUAAGAGAGGGAUGGGUUUGUUGUAAAGAAGCUGGGCUUUAGAGUGGGAUUAGUUUUCCCUCGUCAUUUCCUGUCCUUUCAAUUAGUUUUCUUUGAAUGUGUCUGUUAUAAGAAGUUUACAAAUUUAAACUUUGCAUAGACUAUCAUGUUUCAUUUAAUAUUCACAUGAUCGGGACUAUACUGUACAUAAAGAUGAAACAAAUCUACAAGAAAUGUAACAUGUGAUGUAAAAACAGAGUCUGAACUAUAUAACGUGUGCACUUUCCUGUUGAUUAAUCUCUAGCUUUCAGCAUUCCAUUGUAACGACCACUAAAACUAACCAUGAUGUGAAGUAUGUUCAAAGCAAUUUAAUAUUAAAGAUUUACUUUAUAACAAA